AUGGCGGCGGAGCCGAGCAAGACCGAGAUCCAGACGCUCUUCAAGCGGCUCCGGGCAGCGCCGGCGAACAAGUCGUGCUUCGACUGCGGCGCCAAGAACCCGAGCUGGGCCAGCAUCACCUACGGGGUCUUCCUGUGCAUCGACUGCUCCGGCGUCCACAGGUCCCUGGGCGUGCACCUCAGCUUCAUCAGGUCCACAGAGUUGGAUUCUAACUGGAACUGGUUCCAGCUGAGGUGUAUGCAAGUGGGCAGCAAUGCCAACGCGACUGCUUUCUUCCGCCAGCACGGCUGUACUACCACAGAUGCCAACGCCAAGUAUAAUAGUCGAGCUGCCCAGAUGUACAGGGAAAAGAUCCGGCAGCUGGCAAGUGCUGCCAUGGCCAAGUACGGCACUGACCUGCUUAUAGAUGGACUGAGUGGAGCCCCGGGGCACUCCCCUGACAAAAGCGAUGCUGAUUUCUUCAUGGAGCACACACAGUCUUCCAGUACCUGGGAUGUAGCAGAUGCCAGCCAGAAUCCUGCACAGUCUUCCCCAGAGGUGGAAAAAGCAGCAAAGUCAUCAGAAGGCAGUGAAGUGUCGAAUUCCAGCCAAGGCCCAUCUAUUGACUUGUUGAGCACAUCUCCUAAAGCUCCUCUAGACAUGUCCAUGUAUCUAUCAACACAAGGGUCCGCUCCUGCCAGAGAACUUAAAUCUUCCCUCAUUGGAAAGAAGAAGCCAGGAGCUGCCAAGAAAGGGCUGGGUGGAAAAAAAGGUCUUGGAGCCCAGAAAGUGAGCAGCCAGAGCUUCAGUGAGAUUGAGCGGCAAGCCCAGGUGGCAGAGCAGCUGAGGGAACAGCAGGCAGUGGAGUCCAGGAAACAAGCUGAGGAGUCCAUAGUCACCUCAAUGCGACUGGCUUAUCAGGAACUGCAGCUUGAUCGAAAGAAGGAAGAGAAGAAACUUCAGAACCUUGAAGGGAAGAAGCGUGAACAAGCAGAGAGGCUGGGCAUGGGCUUGGUGUCCAGAAGUUCUGUUUCACAUUCAGUGAUGUCUGAGAUGCAAGUAAUUGAGCAGGAGACGCCGCUGGCUGCAAAAUCUUCCCGCUCCCAGUUGGACUUGUUUGAAGAUGCUGGAGGCUUCACAUCUGGACCCCCCAAGUACAAAUAUAAUCCCUUCUCAUUCGAAGAUGCAUUUGGCUCACGAUGGGAAGCAGACUCUUCAUGGGGUAUGGACAAAGAGGAGGAACCUGAGGUGACCAUUUCCAGUAUUCGGCCAGUUUCAGAGAGACCCACCAGUAGGCGGGAGGCAGAGAACAGGACAUCAGUUGUGGAAUCCAAUGAAGCUCGGCAGAAGUUCGCAGGGGCUAAAGCCAUCUCUUCAGAUAUGUUCUUUGGGCGGGAGGCAGAUGCUGAGUAUGAAGCCAGAUCUCGACUGCAGCAGCUCUCGGGAAGCAGUGCCAUCAGCUCUGCAGACCUGUUUGGAGAGGCUGAGAACGCACACUCAGGUGGUGUGUCAAUUGGAAAUGUCCUGCCUGCAGCUGACAUUGCACAGUUCAAGCAAGGAGUGAAAUCAGUUGCUGGCAAGAUGGCUGUCCUAGCCAAUGGGGUGAUGAACUCCCUCCAGGAUCGUUAUGGCUCAUAUUGAUGACCCAGGGACUGCAACUCAGAGGGACACCAGCAAGAGGCACUGAAGUCACCUUUGCCUGGA